CCCAGAGACACUUCCAGAAGGAAAUGGAAGUCGGAAAUAGAAAUACUGGAAAGUAGUAGUAGUAAGAGCCUAUCUAAUGCUGUUAGAAAGGAAACACCCUGCAACAAUUCAGCGAUCAUCGACGUCUGCUGCUGAUGCUAGCAGCCAAAUCCCAACUCGUGCAGAAGAAAGGCACCACCGGUACGAGAACAAGUGAUUUAAAUCUUGACUGGUAUCCACAUGGUCACUAGAGAAGCAUAGGAGCAGUACAAUAUCUCGUUCAAGAAAGGAGGAGGAGAAGAAGAAGAAGAAGGGGAAAUAACAUGGGAGGUGGAGAGGGGAAGAGAAACAUAAAGAUAUUCUGCCCUUCAGUAUCCAAGAUUAUUGAAUUGGUAGCGUGGGAUGAGCAAAGACUGGACCUUGGUUCCAUUGCUAGAGCCUUUGGCCUGGAACCCAAUACUCUAAAGCUGAAUGGCCACUUCAUAAGCAGGGGCGUCGACCUUAUUGCGUGCUCUGUCACCUGGAAAUCUCUUCUUUCUUUCUUUUCCUCUAGGGGUUUGUCCACUGGCACCACCGACUCCGAUGCCCUCAUUGUUGAUGGAAAGCUCUCCAAACUCGGCUCCAAGAGAAAGCAUGACCUGUCAGAUCUUGGAAAUGGGACAAAGCCGAAUGGAGUUGGUGGUCAUUGCAAAGAUCUGCAGCUCGGGCACAUUGAUUUGUUCAGCAGCAAAAGAUCUAAAGAUGGCACUGCAGGAUUUCUUAACAGGAUAGAUAAAUUGACUGGAUUUAACUGCUUGAGCCUGAAGAGAAAAUUAUCAUCAAGGGAUACUAGUCCAUUGAAGAGGACAAGAGUGAAUGAGACCAAGUCAGGUCUUCAAGAAAGAAAUGAUGGCCGAUCUCAAAGUGUUCUGAAUGGUCGUCAAUUUUCUUGCAGCAUUGCGGGUAAUAGAAUGAAGAGACUGAGAGAAGACAAUCUGGUUCUUGCUGCACCUCACAAGAGGUUAAGAUGAUAAUUAAGCUGAAAUUGCUAACCAAAAGUUUCCCAGGAUACGCUUGAUGCUUACUGAUGUUGUUUCUUGCUCCAUGGCUGGACGCAUCUUUAUAGAUCGUAAAACAGCAGUGCUUCUACAAGGUUCAGACAUCACCGUGAUGGAAUAAAGCAACAGCGGUAGCUGGAUUCCCGAGACAAAAUGAUUUUCAUGAACCUUCAUUGUUGAUAUCCGACCAAGCAGGAGUUGAAUGUCAAAUGUCAAUUGGAUCCUCAGUUUCCCUUGUGAUACUCAUUUCUGUGUAGUUACUGUAUGUAAGAUAUUGUAUAGUGAAGCAUCGCAUGUAUAAUUGAUUGACAUGAUCACGUGUGUAUCUUAAUUGACAAGAUCACAAUCGGUUUAAAAUU